AUGCGCAUGAAACCCUAUCUUCUGCUAGAGACGCUCGUCUUACGGGUAGUCAGCGGACAUCUGAUCAUGAUGUCGCCUGAGCCCUAUAGCAAUACAACCCUCAACAACUCUCCUCUUGCUUCAAACGGGAGUGAUUUUCCCUGCAAAUUACGAGAUGAUGCAUUUGCGGCCCCUGCGAAAGAGAAUAUUUACGAGGUUGGUGUUUCAAACACAAUGAGGUUCAUGGGAAGUGCAACUCACGGGGGCGGAUCAUGCCAGUUGAGCCUCACUGAAGACCUCGCGCCAUCCAAAGAAAGCAUAUGGAAGGUCAUCAGGUCUUAUGAAGGCGGCUGCCCCAAAAAUGUGGGAGGAAACCUUGCAGGAGACGCCAAUUCCGACAAUGACAUUCAGCUCGAUUUCACGAUACCUGAAAACAUUGCCUCGGGGAAAUAUACUUUGGCCUGGACAUGGUUCAAUCGUAUUGGAGAUCGUGAGAUGUACAUGAACUGUGCACCAAUUACCGUCGACAGUCCUUCAUUGCCUGUGUUCAACCAGAGCAUACAGAACCAAGCGCAGGAUUAUCCACCCAUGUUCAUCGCGAACAUAAAUGGCUGUAUGACUCCACAAAACUUGGAUAUUCGAUUCCCUCAGCCAGGAAAGAAUGUUGAACUCAAUGGUCUGGCGCGAAAUCUUCUUCCCGAAGGUCAACAAGUAUGCACCGGAACUCCUGAAUUUGGUGAUUCAGCAGCCAUGAACCCGAUCGUUCCAGAUCUUGAAAAGGGCAAUCUUGGGAAGGCUGAUUCAUACUCCCCGUCCACUUCUCCAGUUAGCAUUCAGCCGUCACCUUGCUCUUGUCGUGCUUCCCGCCGCAAUACAAGCCAUCAAUGA